ACAGUCUGGCAACUCAUUACGCGCUCUUUGGCCAAUUGUUGAUUGAAAUUUUGCAUUUUAUGCAAUGGUCAAAGUGGAUGUUGAAUACUGCGGUGUCUGCAACUUCAAGCUGCAGUGCCAUCUGCUGCGCCAAUUCCUAAUGGAGGCAGCCGUACCCGGAGGAGAACUGGAAGUCCACUGUCAUCAGGGGAGGCGCGGCGCCUUUGAGGUGACCAUCGACCAGCAGCUGGUGCACUCCAAGCUGGCCACCCUCGCCUUUCCCGACCACCAGAGUGUGCUCAAACAGGUACAGCGGGCGGAGAGCGGCCAGCCCCUAGAAACGGUCCAAGCGGCACCCAUCAAAGAUUGCAUUUUAAUGUGAUUUGCAUACAUGAGGAGUGUGUGGUAGAUUUAUUCUUAAAUUAAACACAAAAAGAAAGAAAGCAAUAUAUAGCAUGG